AUGGCGGUUGUCGAUACCGAAAAUAAAUCAGAUUUAAGACAACUUUUCCAAAAUAUAUCACCAUACUUUACUCCAGAGGAAUCAGAGCAUGUUGUACUGUCAUUUAAACAGAAUUUUGGGGGGAAAUUCAACUCUCUAGCCGAUUGCGAUCUGCUGAAGUGUUUUCAUCUUCUUGAAGAGAAUGGGUAUGUAUCUGAAAACAACCUCAAACUAAUCGAAGACUUCGUUGCUUUGAAAUCGAGAGGAGAAGAACUCAUUAAGGACGCUAUGAAAAAUUUUAAGGCCUCUCGUCCAGUAAAAGCUGAUCCAGAGAAGAAAUUGCAGGGACGGAACGAUGAAAUCACGAAAAUCAACCGAAAACUGGCAUCAAAAGAUUCUGCAGCUUUAAACUUGUUUGGGUCGUCUGGUUUGGGAAAGACAAGACUUGCUAAGGAAGUUUGCUCACAAUGGCGUGGAACAUAUCAUGUUUUUGAUCUUAGAGAAGCAAAGGAUAUGAGAGCGAUUUAUUACAACAUUCUACAUUCUCUCGAUCUAGCUGUUCCAGUUGGUUACAUUGAACUAAAGAAUGUUGUGGCAAAAGUUCAAGAGAAAAUAAGAGAGUUGCAGACGAAAAGGGAGGGACAUGGUAUUCUGUUUAUGCUGGAUAACGUGGAUCGAUUUACCGCAGGGCAAGGAAAGGAGGGAAAGAACUUGAAAACAGCUUUUAUACAAUUUUUAGAAAAGCUUCUAGAAACCAAAGAAAAAGGGUCUCCCUUGAAACUUUUACUUACAUCAAGGGCUCAGUUAAAAGAUUCCAAAAAGGUGGAAGAUUUUGAAGUCAAGUCCCUGAAAAGAUCUUUUUCGGAGAAAAUCCUCUUUCCUAAGGGGAUGAAUGAUGUCCAACCCCACCAGAUGGAUAAAUUUUUUAAUACCACCAAAGGAUCUCCCCUUUUUCUAGAAUUACUGGAUCCUAUUUUGCGACAAGGACGGAAGUCUGUUGAUGAACUCAUCGCAAGACUUGCACUCACUCCAAAGAAAUCCAAAGUGGAGAAAGAUGCCUCAGAGAAGCCAUUCGAUUUUGAGGACGAUGGAGUAGACAUGGGUCAGAUAUCGGUGGUGAGAGAAACAUUCGACACACUUCCCACUGAAAGUUUGAAGGUAUCUGCAGUAGUAAUCUCCUUGUUUCAUGGGCCUUUCUCUGUGCCAACAGCUGCCAAAGUUCUUGGUAUUGACCAGUCAGAAGCUAUUGCUCAGUUAGAGGGUCUUGCAGCCAGUCGAAUCAUUUUUGUAGUUGAUGAGGAAGCAAAAGAAAGGAAGUAUGACAUCCACACACUCUUACAGAAGUAUGCUGACAGUAUCAAGAGUCAGGAAAACUUUCUUGCUCUCUAUCUGGAGGCAAAAGCACGCUUUUAUGAACUCUUCAUGUCCAGGAUGAUGGAAAUUGCCAAACUCAUUGAGCCAGACUAUGUCAGAGCAUUCCAUUUAUUUGAGACAGACAGAGGAAACUAUGAGUUCACUGUUGACAUAUCUUUGCAACCAAACUAUUUCAGUGUUUUAGGUGAAUUCCAUGAAAAUACUUUGAUUGCUUCCCUUUUUGAUGCAAUGCUUAAUGAGAAGAAAAUAAUCAAGGUGUUUCAUAACUGGGCUGAGAAGUGCCAAGAUGAUGGAAAGACAGGUUCUCUCAUGCGAGCACAGUUGAAAUGCCGGGAAGUAAAGAAGUUCUUGAUGUUAAGGCACUGAUGCAGUUCACUGGAGAAAGUCAACGACAAAACUAGUGAUUAUUUUAUGCUCACCAAAGGACUCUAUCUGUAUUGUGAAGGUGAGAUCCUUUGGAGAAAUGGAGACUUUAAGAAAGCACUUGAAUGUUUGAAGUCAUCCUUGGAAUUCUUUAAGGCACUGCCAGAGGAGCACACUGAUCUUGCGAGGUGCUACAAUGCUAUUGGAAACUGCUAUUCGAGUCUAAAACUACUUGAGAAGGCACUUGAGUUUUACAACAAAGCAUAUAUGACUCAAAAGAAAGUGGCAGGAUCUGAGCAUCACUUUGACAUUCCAAUUUACAAGAAUCAAAUUGGAACUGUUUAUGUGGGUCUAGGAGAUUACAAAAAGGCUACCAAGUGUUACAAAGAUGCCUUGAGCCUUUUGAAGGAACUAAACCUUUUAGGUUCGUGGGAUGAAGCUCACUUUCUGAGAAAUCUUGCUAAUGCUUACAUUCACAGAAAGGAGUAUAAAAAAGCAACUGAACCUGCAGAUAGGGCUUAUAACAUAAGGAUGAAGAUUCUCGAAAAUCACCCACUAACUGUGCAAAGCAUAUACCAGAGAGCAGUGAUUCUGUCAUACUUGAAUGAAGAUGAGAGAUCCUUGCAGCUCCUUCUUGAGGCAUGGAAGAUGGAGAAAGCACUUGAUGCAGGAAACCACAGUCCAGUUUGGCGAGAUAUUAUUGUUGGUGUCGAGACCUCAUAUGAUAAUCUAGGAAAAGGAAACCAGAAGAAAGGAUUUCGAAAAGAAGCAUUGAAAUUUUGUGAACAUCUCUGGGAAGAACGAAAAGGCUCAAAAUUGUUUUGCUUUGAUGAUUUCGACAAAGAAGUAAUUGAUACUAUUUUGGAACUUCUUAGCAAGAAGAAAGGCAAAUACAUUGUUUACAAAGUGGAAAAGGAACAAUUUCAGAAGAUGUAUAGUGCUAAGAAAGAAGAAUUUCAAGAAAAGGCUGACCAGACCCAAAGAAUUCUACAUCACUCAGGAAAACAACUAUUUUUAGCCUCUGAGAGGGAAAAGGUGCCUGAUGCCAAAUCAGCAAAAGGAGAUGAUGCAGAGGAGGAGGAAGAAGUUGUGGUGGAGUUGUCCGAUGAAGAAGAUUCAAAGCCAAACCCUAGAGACAGCAAAAAGAUUGUGGUCAGGAGAGAUGAGAUAACAGACAAGGGAGACACAUGGAAUCUACCAGAGGCUGGUGCAUUUAUCACCUUUUCUCCAGGAUUUGUGAAAGAACCCUUGUGGGUCUCUUGUUCCAUGUGGAGUCCUAGAUCCCUCUCUCCUCCCAUAGGCAGUAAUGAGCUCUUGGUGAGUAAUUUGAUUGAACUAUCUUAUGAAGGCCCACCAACUCUAGAGUCUGGAGAAGCUGCUACAGGAUGCAUAACCAUGGGUUUGUUGCACAGUGCCUCUGAUUUCAAGGGAUAUGAAGUAGUUAUUAAGAAACUGGUUGACCAAGAAAACAAUGAAUGGGAAGAUUUGGAAACAAGAAUUAUGUGGAAUUCAGCAGAAAUUAAUCCAGCUGUUAUGGACUGCCCAUAUGCUGAAGCGACUUGCUCUGGAAUCAGCUUUACCUCCUUUGCGGCUAUUUGGCGCCUGAAGUCUUUUGUCUUUCGGAAGACAAAGAAUUUGAGCCCCAAGUUUAUUUGCACAGUGCCAGACUAUCCAAAUGUCUGUGUUUCAAUCCCAUGGAAUUCUGUUCCUGACAACGCAGACUUCUCCUUAACUCUGAAGGUACAGGAAGCACCAAGCACCGAUGGCAGAGUUGGAAUCUUGUUGGGUCCGGUUCUUCACAUUUCGUGCUCACAUGGAAUAACGCUCUUGGAGCCAGCAAAAAUCAGCCUUCCUCUUGCCCUUUUUAAGGGUGAUAGAGAAUUGUUGGACAUGCACUCAGGUCAGUGGCGGAUAUUUCACUUUCAGCAGGAAUGGACAGAUAUCACAGAUCGGUUGGAGAUGUCAGUUGCUAUUACAGAUGGAAUAGUGAGAUUCAAAGUGAAAACUUUCUGCAGAUUUUUGCCUUUGAGGGUGGCUGCUAAUCUUGCUGGUGUUGAUGCUGGUGAUGUCUCUGAUCUGGACAGGAGAUCGAUGAAACAACGAGCUGGGUUUUUAGCUUGCAUGUGUCGGGAUGUUCUACCCGAAAGAUACUUGCUGAAGCUAUUUUGUUUCCCACUUCAUUUGAAAUCCAAAGUGAAUAAGAAUAUGGUAAAGUUGAAUUACGAUGUGAUCUUUCAAGGAGAUGGAAACUCGAAGAAACCUCUAUUCAACGAAGACGAAACGUCUGUUUCUCUUUCAAAAGGACUGAAGGUGCACGAAGGAGGAGAUACUGACAACCUCUCCUUAACGUUUUAUCAUGAUGGAGAGGACCAAGAUUAUGUGUUCGUUACUAUUGAAGAUGAAAGUAACAUGUCAGUAGACUUCUUGAAACGGCUUAACGCCCAGGAUAGGACAGACCCUGAAUGGUUAUGUACAGUUCCCAUUAUUAUUCGAAGAUCUCCAUCGCAGGAUUCAUAUCUAUCCUCUCAGUUCUUUCCACGUACAACCUUACCCAGGAAACCAGAAAUGAUUGCGUCUUCAAAUAUAACUGACACGUCACAAAGCGAACGAGGAACUCGAGUUAAUCCAAGAGGGUCCGACUCAAAAUUGAAAGUCUCUCUUUUGGCAAGUGAGUGGAGUUCAUUAAAGGGAGGAUUGUCCACCAUUAACAGAUACCUCGCCAUUCAAUUGGGCGGGCACUCUAAAGUGGAAGUCACUCUCCUCGUCCCACCGUCUAGCUGCUCUGAAGAGGAGAAAAGACUCGCACAAAGCCACAGUGUUGCCAUCAGGGAAGUACAGAGUCGUACAGGUUACAGUGACCCCCUUGACUGGCUGAUAACUCCACCGAAAGACCUGGAAAUUGAUGUAGUAGUGGGUCAUGGUCAGAAGCUUGGUAAACAAGCCCAGUUUAUCACAGAAUCACACGGUUGCAAGUGGAUUCAGGUAGUUCAUACCUCACCUGAGGAUCUAGGAAUGCACAAAGAUUAUCCCGAGGCCAUUUCAAAGGGUGAGGAGAAGAAAGAAACCGAAGUAGAGUUAUGUAAACAAGCAGAUGCUGUUGUCGCAAUUGGACCUAAGUUAAAGGAGACCUUCUCAGCUUAUCUUCGCUCCUGUGGCAAACAGCAAGACAUAAUUGAAUUGACUCCAGGCAUCUUCAGUGAAUUUUCGACCAUAGAAGAUGCAGUAGACAAUAAAAACUUUAGGGUGUUAAUCUUUGGUCGGAGUGAUCGAGAGGACCUUGAAAUCAAAGGAUACGAUAUAGCUUCCAAGGCAAUAGCCGAACUGAGCGACCCUACUUACCGCCUGAUCUUUGUGGGUGCACCUGACGGAAAACAGGAGGAGAUUAAAGAAUAUUUGCUUCAGAAUGGAAUUCCUGAUGAUCAGCUAACUGUAAGAAAGUUUGUGCAAAGCAAAGAGCAAUUGGAAGAAUUAUUUCGGGAGGUGGAUCUGUGCAUCAUGCCAUCAAGAGUGGAAGGGUUUGGCUUAACGGCCCUGGAGGCUUUGUCAGCUGGUCUUCCCAUUCUUGUCAGUGGCUGUUCUGGAUUUGGAGAAGCACUGUGCACUGUGCCAUCAGGUAAAAAAGUUGUUGUUAAAUCUAAGGAACCCAAAGUAUGGGCAAAGGAAAUCGCCGGUGUCCGCCAGAAGGAAAGACGACAGCGACUUCGAGAGAUUCGACAGAUACGGCGUUCCUAUGAAGAGAUGUAUGGUUGGGAAAAACAGUGUGAAAUUCUCGUGAAGAAGAUGUGGGACAUAAGUUAUGUAUCGUGGUUGAAAAAAAAGUUAUCAAAGAUGGCGGCAGUUGGUAUCGAAAGUGCGCCAGGUUUACAACAACUUUUCAAAGACAUUUCUCCAAAAUUUAAAGCUGUAGAAUCAGAAAGCAUCGUGAAAACUUUAAAAAAGAAUUAUGGAGGGAAAUUUGAUCUGCUGGAUAGUCACGAUCUGAUGAAAUGUUUUCAACUUCUUGAAAAGCAUGGCUAUGUAUCUGACAACAAACUCAAUCUAAUCGAAGACUUCGUUGCUACAAAAUCUGACGAGGAGAAGCUCAUUAAGAAAGAUAUAGAUCGUUUCAAGGCCUCACGUUUGGGUAAAGGUGAUCCAGAGAAGAAGUUACAAGGACGGAGCGAAGAAAUCAAAAUAAUUAACAAAAAACUGGAAUCGAAAGACACCGUAGUACUAAACUUGUUUGGGUCGUCUGGUGUAGGAAAGACAAAGCUUGCCAUUGAAGUUUGCUCACAGUGGCGAGGGAAGUAUCGAGUUUUUGAUUUACGAGAAGCAAAGGAUAUGAAAGCGAUCUAUUACAGCAUGCUGCAUUCUCUCGAACUAGUAAUCCCAGUUGGUCGUGUUGAUCAAAAUUAUGUUGUUACCAAAGUUCUAGAGAAGGUUGAAGAGUUUAAAGGUGAGAAAGAUGCCGUUCUAUUUAUGCUGGACAAUGUAGACCUCUUUACCGCAGGAAAAGGUAAAGAAGGGAAAAACUUGAAAACGGCUUUUAUGGAAUUUUUGGCAAAGCUCUCAGAAAGCAAAGGAGAACAAUUUCCUUUAAAGCUGCUUCUUACCUCUAAGACUGAGUUAAGAGGUCCCAAAAGGAUGGAUGAUUUUGAAGUGGGUUCGCUAGAGAGGAUUUCUUCAGAGAAACUAAUUUUUCCUAAGGGAUUGACUAAUGUUAAACGAGAGCAGAAGGAUAAUUUAAUGAGCAUCACUAAAGGAUUCCCUCUAUUUCUAAAAGGACUAGGAGCUAUUAUGCGACAAGAACGAAAAUCUCCAGAAGAACUUAUUGCAGAAAUUGUGCAUGCUCUAAAAAAAAUGAAAGUGGAGCUGGAUGUGAGUGGAAAGCUUGCUGGUUUUGAUGAAGAAGGAGUGGAUAUCAAUCAGAUGUCAGCAGUCAGUUUAAUGUUUGAGACACUUUCCACAGAAAGGUUAAAGUUAUCUGCAGUAGUGGUUUCCUUGUUUCAUGGGCCUUUCUCUGUGGAAACAGCUGCGAAAGUUCUUGGUAUUGACCUGUCAGAGGCCAUUGUUCAGUUAGAGGGUCUUGUAGCCAGCGAAAUAAUUUCUGUUGUUGAUGAAGAAGCAAAAGAAAGGAAGUAUGAUAUUCACCCUCUCUUAUGGAAGUAUGCUGACAGUAUCAAGAAUCAUGAAGAUUUUCUUGCUCCUUACAUGGAGGCAAAAGCACGCUUUUAUGAACUUUUUAUGUCCAGGAUGGAGAAAAUUGCCAAACUGAUUGAGCCAGAAUAUGUCAGAGCAUUCCACUUGUUUGAGAAAGACAGAGGAAACUAUGAGUUUACUGUUGAGGUCUCCUUACAACCAGAGUAUUUCAUUGUUCGAGGUGAAUUCCAUGAGAUUGCUUUGAUUGCAUCUCUUUUCACUGCAAUGCUGAAUCAUAAAAAAAUAAUCAAGGUGUUUCAUUCCUGGGCUGAGAUGUGUGAAGAUGAUGGAAAAACAGGUUCUCUUUGCCGAGCGCAGUUAAAGUCCUGGGAAGCCAGGGAAGUUUCAGAUGUUGAUGGAACAGAGAGAGGAUUUGAAACAUUGAGGGAAGCUCUGAAUUCACUGGAGAAAGUUGAAGAUCAAAGUAGUGAAUCCUUUAUGCUCACCAAGGGGCUUUACUUGCAAGCUGAAGGUGAAAUCCUUUGGAGAAACAGAGACUAUAAAAAGGCACUGGCAAGUCUGGAGUUGUCCUUAACUUUCUCUGAACCACUGCUAAAGGAGCAUACUGAUCUUGCAAGGUGCUACAAUGCUAUUGGAAACAGCUUUUUUCACCUGGACCAGCCCAGGAAAGCGCUUGAGUUCUAUGAAAAAGCCUACAAAAUGCAAGAGAAAUUAGGAUCAGAGAAUCACUUUGACAUGCCAAUGUACAAGAAUCAGAUUGGAACUGCGUAUGAAGGCCUUAAAGAUUAUGAAAAGGCGGUUCAAUGGUACAGAGAUGCACUAAGUCUUUUGGAGGAUCUUAAACUUUUAGGUGAUUUGGACGAGGCACUCUUCUCAAGAAAUCUUGCUAAUGCACUCAUGUUUCAAGACAAAUAUAAAGAGGCAAUUGAACCUUCAGAGAGGGCUUACAACAUAAGGAUGAAGCUUCUCGGAAAUCACCCACAGACUGUGCGCAGCAUUUUUCAACGAGGGGUCCUUCAGGCCAAUCUUAAACACCCAAAAGAAGCUUUGAAGCUGUUUCUUGAAGCAUGGGAGAUGGAAAAGUCACUUGAUGCAGGAAACCAUAGUGAAGUGUGGCGAAAGAUUAUCACAGGUGUGGAAGAUAUGUGUGAUUGGACACUCAGUUUUCUACGGAAGAGGUCAUUUAGGAAAGAGGCUUUCAAGUUUUGUCAACGUUUCUGGGAAGAACAGAAAGCUUCUCAACAAUUCACUUUCAAUAUGUUUAACAAAGGCAUCGUUGAUGCUCUGAAUGAUCUUGCUCAUGACAAGAAAGACAAAGCUGUAGUACAAAAGGAACAGUUUUGGUUCUACGAGGCGAGGUGCAAUGCCAACGAGAGAGAGUUUCAAGAGGACUUUGAUUUGGAAACUGAUAAUGAUGCUCUCUGUGUCAUGCUGAGUGAGAGGGAAAAUCUCUUGGAUGACACAGUGGUGCUCUGUUCUCGACUUAAGGAACGCGAGAAGGUGAGGAAAUACAAAAUGGACAAGGUGGCUUUGUACAAAAUGUGUCUGGUGAGAGCGGAUUUCCUUGGAAACAAAGAGGACAGGUCGGACAAAGCGUCAUUGAAGAUGAAGGUAGAAGAACUUUACAAAGAGACAGGACAAAAAGGAAUGAUCGUGAAAUUUCGAGAGACAUUGUUGGAUUUGUGGCAAAAGCAGUGGGAAGAAGGAAAAAGUAACGAAAAAACAGAGAAGAUCGGCUUGGAAAGGGAGAGAACAAUCGAGGGAAUUCUCAAUCUGUGCCUGGAACUCAAAAAAGUAAACAUGUACAGACGGUAUGGACAAGAAGCAUUGAGCUUUUAUGAGGAGAUAUGGGAGAUAAAACAUGCUGAGAUGAAGGACCGUGAAAUGAAGAAGUUUCUUCGUAAACUCAAAGAGUUGGCAUCGUCCAUUGAAGAUUACACGAGCGAGAAGUUUUACAAAAUUGCAUUACAGGCGCUGAAUGAAACUGGGAAACAUCCAGGAGCCAAAUUAAGGCCAAGAGCUGCACAGACUUCUCCUACACCGAAGGAAGAGGAGAAGGUUAGUGAAGAAGAAGAAUUGGAGAUCGAAAUUGGUUCAGAAGAAGAGAGUGAGGUUGGAGCUGAGGAGCAAGUAGACACAGAUGAAGAUGUUCAAACUGAGGACAGAACCAUCAUCUUCAAAGACACUGUAACAGUACAAGGUGGCCACUGGGACGCGAGGAAGGCAGCAACUCACUUGGUAUUUCCACCUGGUUUUGUUGCUAAAGACACUGCGCUGACUCUUUUCAGAUGGAAACCCUCCCAGCGUUCACCUCCUCUUCAGCCAAAUGAAGCCGUGGUUAGUAAUGUUCUUGAACUAUCGGCAGAAGGCGCUGAAGGUCUUCAGUUCAAAAAACAAGUCACUGUGGGAAUUUCGCACAGCGGACCGGACCUUAGAGGAUAUGAAGUGGUGAUAAAGAACUUGACAGACGCAGAAAGAAAUGAAUGGGAAGAGGCUGAAGAAACAGUCGACUUUCGAUCUGUAUCAGAUCUGCAGAUGGCUUAUCGCGAUGAUUUUCCUGAUUAUUGCCUUCCUGUUGCUGAGACUAAAAUUACCCAGUGUUCCACAUUUGCAGUGGUUUGCCGUCUCAAGGCCCACAAGUUCACCAUAACCUCGCAACCGUCCACCCUUUCAUUGCCAGGCUUCCCAUUGGUCAAAGUGCACUUUCCCUCAAACGCAGUCUCCGCCGCAGAAGAAUUGCACGUGACUGUCACAAUCCAAGAAUUUCGCAGCAGAGAGUUAAGAAACAAGGAGAUGUUGGCUGGCCCGAUACUCAGUAUUCUGUGCAGUAGGGAGGUGGAGUUCCAGGAACCAGUCACUGUACAGCUGCCGUUAUCCUUAAGAGACACGGAUCAGGAUGCUGAGUUAUUGGGUAUUCCUGAUCUGUCAUUCGUCCGUGCCCGAGUCUUGUUGCAACCAUCUGAUGGAACAGAACGAGAAUGGACCGAAAUUACAGAUGUUCUUGAUUCCCCCCCUUGGCUGGAGGGGACUGUCAUCAAAUUCAGUGUGAAGCACUUCUCGAGACUUUGGGGCUGGAUAGAUUGGUGCGUUAAACCAGUCUUGUCACAAAUGGUCGAAUUAGCACGUAGCUUUGACACACACAAUGUGCCCCAAGUGGCAGUUUUUACAGCUUGUCUUCCAGCAAAUACCAGCUUAGGUUCUACAAAAAUGCUGCGUGUGAUUUGCAGUUCAAGUAACGCGACACGGAAGCACAUUAAAGAUGAGGAGGAAUUCUUGUUGGAAGAAGAAAAUGCAUGGGAUUACAUGGCACCUCACGACGUGGCUUAUGUGUUUUUUUCAGGGAGCGUGGUUCAGCCGGCCGAGGUCGCGGAUUUAGAAGACUUUUUUGUCAGAUUUGAAAAAGAUGAUUCCUUUAAGAGGAGUUUGAGGGUACGCGUUGUCGACAAAGGAUGGCUAAAAAUUGAGUUCUACAACAGCAGAGAAAAGAAGCCAGAAAAUAAACUGUGCAAACUAGAAAUGGACCUUCCCCCUCGAAAAAGAGACAUUGAGAAGACUCCCGUGGAGUUUUUUGGAGUUCCUUUGGAUGACAACAGCAUUCUUCACGAUGCUCCGUUUCCGGAAAUCCUUGCAGAAUGUCGAGGAGUGUUGGAAGAAAUGAACCUGGGGAAGAUAUGGGGAAGUCAUGUUGAUAGGAACGUCGACGGACAAAAUCGAUAUAGUUUUUACAAAGCCCUGGCGAGCCUACCACCAGAUGACCAACAAAAAUGCUUUGAAAAGAUCGUUGAGUGUUUGCAAAGAAGUGAGGGAACCAAACACAUCGGAGAUCACCUCUUAAAAGCCAAAGCUUUAAUUCAGGAACCGCCCACUGAAGGUGUGCUUGAUGUGAUAGCUGAGAAAUUGAGGACAGGUCCAUUGUGGAAGAAACUCGCCAGAGAAUUGAAGAUUAAGCAGUGUGUUAUUGCCAAUAUUCAAGAGGAAGAGGAGGAUGGACAGGAGCGCUGCAGGGCAGCACUAGAAACUUGGCUUCAGAACAAAGGAUCUAAGGCUACAAGUAGAGAGUUAAUGUUGUGCUUAACGAACAUGGGGUAUGGUAAUGUGAACUGGCAUAUAAUGAUCAAACUCGACCUUGUUACCAGAGAUAAUAUACCACCGGAAGAGCGCGAAUGAUCGGUGAUCUUUACGUUAGUUACGUUAGUAAAGACCUAGUUGAAUAUGAGUGCUCUUUUCCCACAUCACUGUGCGAAAGAAUUUGCCCCAUGAAGGCGUGAUAUCAUUACUGAAUUAAAAGGGAUUUUUCGCAUGAAGGCCGGAAAACACUUUUAAAAAGUUCCUUAAACACCUCGUGGACGUAAGGUUCGCCCGGAAAAAUUUGCUCAGGGCAACUAGAGGAAUUAUUAUCUUUCUAUCUUCCACAGAAUUGUUUCUCUGCAACAAGUCGCACAAGUUUAGAACAAUUUAGAUGUUACAAUAAUCGUAGCCAUAAAUUGAGUUGCCCGAGUCGUUGCCUCUUUUUAGCGGGUUUCAAGUGAACAGACCUAGCUAAAAGAUUAAACAGUUUCUUGUUCGAUAAGAAUGUACAUAUCAGGAAUUUUUAACUUAAUAUCCUUACAUUUGAGGUAACGUUUUACUUACCUCUUAAUAGCCUCGUUUUCUCGGUCUGUACUGUAUUUUUUCGUUCGGUUUUAAAUCCGUGCGGACAAAACGAGGUUCCGUAAAUUACAUUACGGACUGUUAAAACGCGGUUAGUAAGAUAUUUAUUUCAUCUAUUGGUGCAAAUAGAUGGGGAAUUUAGCGGGUCUUACGUAGAAAUACGGCCUGCUAAAUUGACCAAUCAUAGUGAUGCAGUAAUUUGCAGCACCCUUCUAUUC